ACGAGGCCAGGUGUAGGAUUGUGCCCAGGACAAACAGCAGCCUCAGCUUCUUAUCUCCAAUGAUCCACGGAGAACUCAACCGAAAGCAAAAGGCAAGGAACAAUCCGAUUCGCACACAAAACCGAGGCCUCUCGAGCGAGCCGUCCCCUCCAUUCCCUCCGCUGCUGUGCAUCAACGCCCGAUCUGAUGGAAGCUGCAGCGGCUACUACCUCCUCCCUGGUCCUCUUCUCCAGUCCCAGGAGAUCACUCACAAGCUUAAAGACUUCCCCCUCAUUGCUUCGGCCUUCUUGCAGCAGCUGCUCCGUGCCCAGUGCGAAGCAGCAGCCUCCGGUUUGCCUGGCUGUGCCAUGGCUGAACAGCAAGAAGAGCAGCACCCUGAGGUGUUCCUCCAACCUUGCUGAUGGCCCAUCAACCCUCGGUUCUUCAGUAAGAUGGGUUCUUGACCCUGCAGGCGACGGCGACUGGCGCCACAUCGGCUACAAAGUUGCACGCCCCGGCGCCUUCGAGAUAGCCUCCAAUGCGGUGACCGUUGGUCGGGUCGCUGACAAGGCUGACAUCGUCCUCCCCGUUGCCACAGUUUCUGGCGCGCACGCUCGGCUGGAGAAGAAAGACGGGAGGCUGCUGGUGACGGACCUGGACAGCACCAACGGCACCUACAUCAACGAGCGCCGCCUCAACCCUGGCUUCCCAAUUCCCAUUGACCCCGGCAGCCUACUCAUCUUCGGUGACAUCCACUUGGCGAUGUUUCGUGUGAGGACGAUGAUAGUUGAGGUGCCCAGCGAGACGGAUGCAGCCCAACAAGAAACCAAGACCGAGGUAGUAUCAGCUGCAGUUGAAGAUGCUACAAGCUAGCAAUCUCUGAGGCUUUCCGAGUGCCCCACUAGCUACUAGUAGAAUGUUCGGAAUAAAAAGCUACACGGUCAUGGUGGCAUCAUUAUGACGGUUUCGCCAGGAAAUUCAGCAGGAAUUAUGAAGUAACGAAGGCGCCAAUUGUCCCCAUAGUCAGAGUUUGAUAUCAUAAAUGAAACACAUUGUUUGUUCUGAGUAGUAUUACUGAAUCUAAGAACAGGUAGAAAUUAGAAAAUCGAUUCACUUGCAUCCUCGCAGCCACAUAUACACAUUGUUUCUUGUUUGUUUGGAAAGCUGGAGUGGUGAUGGAGGGCGACAAGCAAUGAGAAUGACUGCACUUCCGAUUUA